GUCAGGAGAGGGACUGGACCUCACAUCUCAGAGGCAGUGGUCUAGCAUCGGGGGAUAUAUCUCAGGCGGAGUGGUCUAACUUUGAGGCAUAGGCUGGACCUCAGAGGCCUAAUAUCUUGGUGGCAGUGGUCUAACAAAGUUAGACAUCUCAGAAGCAGUGGUCUUUCGUAGGUUCCGAUACCUCAGAGGAACUGGUCUACCAUAGGGUCAGAUAUCUCAGGAGCACUGCUCUGCCACUGAGGCAGAUAUCUCAGAAGUAGUGAUCUACCAUACAGUCAGUUAUCUCCGAAGCAGUGGUCUAGGGUAAGACACAUCGGAAGCAGUGGUCUACCAUAGGAUCAGAUAGGGUCAGAUACCUCAGAAGCAGCGGUCUAGGGUCAGAUACCUCAGAAGCAGUGGUCUACCAUAGGGUCAGAUACCUCAGAUGCUCUAGUUUACGAUAGGGGCAAAAUAUCUACCAAAGGGUCAGACAUCUCAGAGCAUUUUCUGCCUGGGUCAACCAAAGCAACAGGUCUAAGAAACCAACUCAGUCUCAUAGCCUUAAUCAGUAGUGUCCAAAGACAGUAUCCACGACCUUUAAAGAGGGGACUGAACUCAGAGCGAUGGAAGACACGCUUUUCGACUUUGACCAGGAUGCCACACCAGACCUCGCUUUCUGGGGCCAAAUGGACCCCAACUUCCAGUUCCAGUCACAGCUGGAUUCUCUUCUGUUCGACUGCCAGCUUUCGCCGUGGUCCUCCGCUGGAUGCCAGUCCAUGUUCCCCGACUUCACCGACCUGGAUUGGCAGUCUCCGCGGCUGGAAGCCGGUGCUGAAGCGGACAGCUCCGGUGCGCACGACCCUCACGCGGGGGGCAAGCGCGCACAGCGCCGCCUAUCGAGCCACCACCACCAGCAGCAACAGCAGGAGCAGCAGCAGCCGUACAAAGUGCAGCGGCAUGCCGCCAACAUCCGCGAACGGAAGCGCAUGCUGAGCAUCAACUCGGCCUUCGAGCAGCUGCGCUGCCACGUGCCCACGUUCCCGUACGAAAAGCGCCUCUCCAAGAUCGACACGCUGAGACUCGCCAUCGCCUACAUCGCGCUGCUGAGGGAGAUCCUCAUGUCCGGCUGCGACCCCAAGUCCUACGUGGACGAAUGCAUGAAAAACGGCUACAAAAAUCAGACCAACGCGAUCUGGAACACAAGUGAUCUGACAGCUCGUCUUUCUUGGAUAAAGUGGGAUUAGAGUGCAGGAUAGACUUAGCUCAGCUCAGGGGAGAGAUCCUGCCCCCACCUCAUUGGCAGCUUGGCAUCAUGGCGGACUGACAUCUGCAGACUUCUCACCACGGAACAUGGAAGACCCUUCAGCUGAGCGCCGGGCACGCCGGACGCUUUUUAUAUUCUAAUGUGUUGACGAUGAGAGAAUGAGGUCCUGUGUUUUAGGGGUGAAUGGGACUAUGUUCAAGCAUUACUGAAGCAAAGACAUGCCACUUAUAUGUGGAGGGGAUGAGAGAACUGCCGAGCAUCUUGGGGUGCCUGUUUAAGUGUUUUGUGUGUGUUUCAAGCUGAAGGGUGGGAAUUUCACCCUCUCCACCACAUUUACAUGAUAGAGUGGUAUUGUUUUGCACUAAUCAUGCCCUGCUCUGCAGAUAUUCACUGCAGUUUGAUCGCUAGUAUAUUUAUUGUUUAUUUUAUAAUUUAUUGAGAAUAUUGUCUUAUUUAUUACUUUUCUGUGUUUUUCUCUUUAAAUGUGUUUUCACAGCCAUUUUUCUGAAGGACUUUUUUUUGAAAGAGAAUAACAUUUUUGCUCAGACUUUAAUAGCUUUUUACUGUGCUCUUUUAAGUACAGCUUUGUGCAAACGUUUUAGACACAAGAUAAUUACAGACAAUUACAUUACAUAACCCCAGUCCAAUUACAUUUAGUUGAUUUUAUAAGUGGAAAGGAAGCCCUUUACACUGUGUGAAAAAUUCAUGAUAAGUGGACCAAUAGAAAUGCUCCAAAACAGCU